AUGGGCGACGGCAUCAACUACCUCUCCCAUCUCCGUCGCCACCACGAGGCGCGUCUCCGUCCUCUCCAGCGUCCACGCCGAGCGGCCCCGCCACCUCCCAGCACCACCACCGUCGGACCGAGCCAGAGAGUCCACACGAACACCAACACCCACGCCCACGCCCAAGCGCACUCGCGUUCACGCUCACAUCCAAGACGGCACCGGUCUGAUCGCCUCCCACCAGGCAUUACGUUCGGCUUCUCCUGGGCCCAGCGCCAACCUGUUCCGGCGGCGACAGCUGGUAACCGCAGACGAUACCUCUCCGUCCUGCAGGAGAACCUCGCACCGCUGCCUGCUCCCGAAACCUCGAGGCGCCAUGCCACGCUCGAGAAGAUGCUCGCUGCUGACUGGACUGGUGUGAGAAAGGAGAUGCAGCGUCGGCGUUUAGAACGUCAAGCCUCGAGCAGGGCAUGUCGUGUCGAGCUCGAGCUUCCCCUCGUCAAGUCCACCAUGUCAGACAAGAUCAUAAACCACACCCAGUCGUAA